AUGGCUACUCCUUCGUUCCCUCAACAUCCUUCUUCAGCCUCCUACGAUGUCGUCAUCAUAGGCGGCGCAACAAGCGGCUCAGCAAUAGCAUGGUUUCUCGUGUCGAGCCCUGAUUUCAAGGGCAAAGUUCUUGUUGUCGAGAGAGACCCAUCUCUUGCCUACUCUGCAACUCAGGCCAGCAAUAACUGCAUGCGUCAGCAAUUUGCGACCGAGAUCAAUGUCAAGAUAGCUCAGUAUGCUGCCGAAUUUGUCAGAGACUUUCGCAAGAAUCUCAAGUGUGAAGAUGGCGACGGCAUUCCGGAUAUUCCUAUCCGUAACUUCGGCUAUCUGUAUCUCGCAGACAAUUCUGAGUUUGCUGCCGUUCUUGAGGAAGACCAAAAGCUUCAGGCUAACUGCGGUGCUGGGACUAAGAUGCUGUCGGCUGAUGAGAUAGCAUCCGAGUAUCCUUUCUUCGCUCUAGAUGACAUCGAGGCGGGCAGUCUCAACACUGUUGACGAGGGUGCCUUUGACGCCCUUGGUAUGGCCCAUAGCCUGCGCAAAAGAGCUCAACAGCUUGGGGUCGAUUACAUCAAUAAUCAAGUUGUUGGAAUGGCUCGCGUCGGCAACAAAAUCACUUCCGUUACUCUCAAGACUGGAGAGAGCAUCAGCGUUGGCAAUGUUGUCAACGCCGCAGGAACCAGAGCUGCCGAGGUCUCGCGCCUUGCUGGCAUAGAUCUCCCGAUCGAGGCUCGAAGUAGAUAUACCUACAUCUUCUCUGUCGAUGAACCUCUAUCUCGGGAUCUCCCACUCACCAUUGAUCCUACUGGUGUUCAUAUGCGAUCAUAUGGAAAGAACGAUUACCUCGUGGGUUGUCGUCCGAUCGGCCCCGAUGUUGCUGUCAACCCCAAUGAUUUCAGCUACGCGGAGGAUGCAUGGAACUUGAAGAUGCUGCCUGUUCUCAAGAAACGAGUUCCUCAGUUUUCCACUGCAAAGGUCACGCACUCGUGGAUGGGCCACUACGAGUUCAACACUUUCGACCACAAUGCCAUCAUCGGGCCGCAUAAUGAAGUUUCCAACCUGUUAUUCUGCGUGGGCUUCUCUGGACAUGGAAGCCAACAGGCUCCCGCUUGUGGAAGAGGUGUCGCAGAGCUCAUCACGUACGGAGAGUUUCGCACUCUAGACUUGUCGGCUUUGGGUUAUGGUCGGAUUGCUCGCAAUGAGCCUCUGAUGGAGCGAGCUGUUAUUUAG